UGAAAGAGGGGGAGGAAGUAAACUGAGCAUUUUAAUCUGCAGAGUCCAUUAGCAUUGGAUCUGAAAGUGAGCUGAAGAAGAAGAGAAAGAAAAGGAGAAUGGCUCGUGCGGGAGGGAUAACAAAUGCAGUAAACGUUGGAAUCGCAGUGCAAGCCGAUUGGGAGAACCGCGAAUUCAUCUCUCAUAUAUCUCUCAACGUUCGUCGCCUCUUCGACUUCCUUGUUCAAUUUGAGGCUACGACGAAGAGCAAGUUGGCGUCUCUGAAUGAGAAGCUGGAUGUGUUGGAGCGCAGAUUGGAACUGCUCGAAGUUCAAGUGGGCAAUGCCUCGGCCAACCCUUCUCUUUUUGCCACAUGAUUUUGUGUUGUAAUACGGCUUUCCAGUAAGCACUCUCCAUCUAUGAUGUAAAAUCUAAACGGAAUUCUUAAUAUGUAAGUCGUUUAUAAAUCAAAAGUGAAGUGUUUGAUCA